AUGUCUUCAUCCAGCAGCAUGGGUCUUCCCAGGGAUCUCUUCGUCCGAGACGAUGGCGACGCCGCCGAUCAGAUUCCGCAAUGUGCGGGUUGGGGUAAUGCCGACUUCGACAAGGGCCUGCGGAUAGCCUCCAUCUUCAUCAUCCUCGUCGCCUCCCUGCUUGGUGCCGUACUCCCGGUGUACCUAGCACGCGGUACGAGCCUCCGCCUCCCCAAGACGGCCUUCUUCAUUGCCAAGUACUUUGGAUCCGGCGUCAUCAUUGCCACCGCUUUCAUGCAUCUCCUGUCUCCUGCCAACGAGGCCUUGGGAGACAAAUGCCUGAGCAAUAUUCUUCCCAGCUGGGACUUUGCUCAGGGCAUCGCCCUGAUGACCGUCAUGGUCAUGUUUUUCAUCGAGCUGACCGUGUCCCGCUUCGAUUUUGGCUUUGGUCACGCCCACUCGCAUGAUGCCGUAGACCCCGCUUCGGACCUGCUUAAGGAGCAGGGGUCGCAGGACAUCGAGUCGUCGGCUGUCAAGGGCCACGAUGAUGCCAACCGCGUACCAGGGCUGGAGAACGAUGUCAGCUACCCGCCUGGCGGCCGCGACCAUCUCGGCCAUGCGCGCGACCACGUCGACGGUGACUCGUACGCUGCGUACUCGGCCCAGCUGACCGCCCUUUUCAUCCUCGAGUUUGGCGUCAUCUUCCACUCCAUCUUCAUCGGCCUCACCCUCUCCGUCUCCGACAACCUCCAUGUGCUGGUGAUCGUCUUGACCUUCCACCAGCUCUUCGAGGGUCUCGGUCUGGGCUCUCGUCUGGCUACUGCCCGGUGGCCCGCCGACAGCCGCCGCUUCACCCCUUAUCUUAUGGGUAUUCUCUAUGCCAUCAGCACGCCCCUCGCCAUUGCCGUGGGCCUCGGAGUCCGGGAGGGACUGUCGUCCAACCCUGCUCACGCGCAGCUGACUAACGGCAUCUUCGACGCCAUCUCGGCGGGCAUCCUUAUCUACACUGGCCUGGUCGAGCUCAUGGCCCACGAGUUCAUGUUUAGCCCGGAGAUGCGUAAGGCGUCUUUCCGCAUGCAGAUGUUUGCGUUUGGAUGUAUGGCCCUUGGUGUGGCUCUCAUGGCCUUGCUGGCCAAGUGGGCUUAA